AUGUCGCAAAUCAACUACCGCACCAUCAACGUCGACAAGCUCGACCCGGAGUCGUCGGCCAACUUCCCUAUGGAAACCCUCCUCCCUGCUACCCUCCCCCAACCCGAGACCUCCAGUGACGCCGCAAAUGUCGCAACCCAGGUGCGCCAGCUGCUGCGCGGCGGCGACACCGAGGGCGCCCUCCGCCACGUUCUGGACACUGCGCCGCUGGGCGGUGACGACCGCGCCAAGGAGGUGCACAUGGCAACUGUGAUUGAGGUGCUGCAGGGCAUUCGUCAGGCGGAGAUGACUCGGGUUCUGGAGGGUGUCUGUGCUAACAAUGGUGGGGCUGAGCGGGCGGAUUGCUUGAUGAAGUACCUAUACAAGGGUAUGUCUUCCUCUGGCUCCAGCAGCGGAUCGAAGAACAUUUCGCCGGAAGGUACGGGCUUCUCGCAGAUCCAGGCCCGGAACGUUGGUGAAGGAGGUGGUGGUCAGCAGAUGAGCGUGCUGCUCAAUUGGCAUGAGAAAUUGGUGGAGUUGACAGGGACUGGAUCAAUUGUUCGGGUCAUGACGGACCGCCGGACGGUUUAA